AUGUCUUCGCCAUCUGCGAAUGGUUCCCCCGUCGCGUCCCGCGACUCUCCCACCCCCACUCCCAGCAGUGGUAAGGAGUCGCCGUUCGUUGAGCGCAGCAACCCCAUGGGAACCGGUAUUUCCCAGACAGUUAGCUCCCGCGACCCAAAGGCCGUUGCUGCAGCUGCAAACGAUAUGAAGAACGUUGUCCGCCGCAAGCUCACCGGAUAUGUUGGAUUCGCCAAUCUGCCCAACCAGUGGCACCGCAAGAGUGUUCGCAAGGGUUUCAACUUCAAUGUUAUGGUGGUCGGUGAAUCCGGUCUCGGAAAGUCUACCCUCGUCAACACCCUGUUCAACACUUCCCUGUACCCCCCUAAGGAGCGUACUGGACCCAACGCCGAUAUCAUCCCCAAAACUGUCUCCAUUCAGUCCACCAGCGCCGAUAUUGAGGAGAACGGUGUCCGCCUCCGUUUGACCGUCGUCGACACUCCUGGAUUCGGUGACUUCGUCAACAACGAUGACUCGUGGCGCCCUAUUGUUGAGAACAUCGAGCAGCGCUUCGACACUUACCUUGAGGCCGAGAAUAAGGUCAACCGCAGCAACAUCGUCGACAACCGCAUCCACGCCUGUGUUUACUUCAUUCAGCCCACUGGCCACUCCCUAAAGCCCCUGGAUAUCGAGGUGAUGCGUCGCCUGCACACCAAGGUCAACCUGAUUCCCGUUAUCGCCAAGGCCGAUACCCUGACCGACGAGGAGGUUGCCAACUUCAAGGAGCGCAUUCUUGCCGAUAUCCAGCACCACUCCAUCCAGAUCUUCGAGGGUCCCCGCUACGAGCUUGAUGACGAGGAGACCAUUGCCGAGAACAACGAGAUCAUGUCCAAGGUACCUUUCGCCGUUGUUGGUGCCAACUCCGAGGUCAGCGCUGCUGAUGGCCGUCGUGUCCGUGGCCGUAGCUACCCAUGGGGUAUUAUCGAGGUCGACAACGAGGAGCACUGUGACUUUGUCAAGCUGCGCCAGAUGCUGAUCCGCACCCACAUGGAGGAGCUCAAGGAGCACACCAACAACUUCCUGUACGAGAACUACCGCUCGGACAAGCUCACCCAGAUGGGUGUUGCUCAGGACCCCAGCGUGUUCAAGGAGGUCAACCCUGCCGUUAAGCAGGAGGAGGAGCGCGCCCUGCACGAACAGAAGCUAUCAAAGAUGGAAGCCGAAAUGAAGAUGGUCUUCCAGCAAAAGGUAUCCGAAAAGGAAAGCAAGCUGAAACAGAGCGAAGACGAACUCUAUGCCCGACAUCGCGAGAUGAAGGAUCAGCUCGACCGGCAACGCCAGGAGCUAGAGGACAAGAAAGGCCGGCUCGAGAGUGGUCGUCCCAUCGAAGAAAAGGGAAGCAAGCGGAAGGGUUUCUCGCUUCGUUAA